GCUAAUAACAACGGAGGCGUCGCCGUAACUGACGUAAACGACUCGCUCCGCAUUAAGUCCCGACUAAGCUCCUCUACUUCCUCUGGUCCUCCUCCCUCCCCAUCCCUACCCCAAUCCCUUGGAUCCCCACCCCUAAAUCAUCCGUUACGGGAGGGGACUGGGCAGCCUCCUCCUUCCCGCCGGCCAGCUCUAAGCUCUAGUGCUUCUCCCAUCAGGUAGUUAGGUCGUUCAGCCAGCGUCGAUUUAGGAAAAAGGACGGAAGCCUACCGCUUCCCCUGGGCUGCGCAUCCCCUGCUGAGACUGCUGAUUAAUUAAACAUUCUAUACUGGCAUUUGACUUUUUCCAGAAAGACCAAAUAUGCCAACAGUGGAAAGUGAAGCAAAGGCAAAAACCAAAGUCCGUUUUGAAGAAUUCUUUAGGAGUCAUGCUAAUUUAGUAGCUGAUAAAAAGAAACCCAAGAAGAAAGUUGUUAAAUCUGAAGAAAACAUUUUGCUUGACACCUUACGGAGUAAUCAUGAUCUUACCAAAGAAACAAGAAGUGCUGAAGCAAUUAUCAACAGCACUUGUAAUCCAGAGAGGAGCCCCCGAUUCACUAAAAACAAACCAAGGGAUAGAGGUUCAAUAGCUGAAAAAAUAAACAGUGAUGAUUUUGCUUUAGAACAAAACCAGCAAGUAAAGCCCAAUAAGAAGAAGAAGAAAUCAGUGCUACAAGACCAGUCUAAUAAAGAAGAAAAUACAGAGGAUGUGGAACCAGGUAGUUUUGAAAGAAAGAUUAAUCAUUCUCCAAGAAAAACAAAAAAUAAAUCAUCAUCAGAUACAUCUCUUCAAAAAAGUAAGAAGACAAAAAAUGGCUCAAAUGAAAUGAGAGACACAACUGAAUUAGAUGAGGAAGAACAGCUAAUAAAAGCAUAUGAACUUCAAGUAGCUGAAGAAGCAGCUAAUGCAAUUAGGAAGAAAAUAAGAAUGAAACUUAAGGAACAGAUGUCUCAUUUAAUGUCUGAUAAUCAAAGCCAAGAAGAAAUAUUCAACAGUGAAGUGGAAAAAAAUAAGAAAAAGAAAAAAGUUCCAGAUAUGCUUGAAAAAGAAACAAGUGUGGCAUCCCUUGCUGAGCUGCAACAUAAUGUAGAUGAAGAAAAUAUCAAAAAGAAGAAAUCAUCUGAUGAUGUAUUUACUUCAGAUUUUAAUCAAGGGAAUGAAAUCAAGGCAGAAGAUCAGAUUGUUGAGGAAAAUGUGGAAUGGCCAAAAGCUAAAACAAGAAAGACAAAAAAGAAAACUAAACCAGUUUCUGAAGACAAUGAAGAAAGUGGUAUUGAUAAUGUCCAAGAAACAUCAAGCCCAGAAGUUUCAAGUCAGUCCAACACGGGGUUUGAUGAUACCCUUGUUUUGGGAGUUUAUGUCCAUCGAACUGAUCGACUUAGAACAGAUUUUAUGAUUUCUCAUCCAAUGGUAAAAAUUCAUGUGAUUGAUCAGAAUACUGGCCUGUAUGUCAAGAAAGAGCACAGAAACCGAGCAGUUUCAUCUUUUUAUGAACAAGAGAGAGUAGAGAAUGUACUUCCUAUUAUGACCCAGCCUUAUGAUUUCAAACAUUUUAAGUCAAGACUUCCAGAAUGGGAAGAACAAAUUGUAUUUAAUGAACGAUUUAGUUAUUUCCUCCAAGUAUCUGAAGAAAGCCCUAGAGUAAUUCUAUUUUUUGAGAUUCUUGAUUUCUUAAGCAUGGAUGAAGCCAAAGCCAACUCUGAGGUUCAAGUCCAGGAAAGUGGUUUUCGCAAAAUUGCAUGGGCAUUUCUCAAGCUUGUAGGAGCCAAUGGAGUUUUGAAUAUCAAUGGGAAACUCCGUCUUCAACUAUACUGUCCACCACCUAGGAUUAGAUCACAGUUAAAUGUCGUUAAGGUUUUUGAAUGGUGGUCAAAAUGUCCAAGGAUUCGUUAUCCAUCAACAUUAUAUGUGACCAUAAAAGGUCUGAAACUUCCUGAUCAUGUAGAUCCUUCUUUUCGUUCUAUGAUGGCACUUCAGCAGGAACAAGGUAGUACAUCAUAUUGUGAACUUCAAAAGGAGACAAGCAAAGGAGGUAAUGAACCAGUUGUAGAAGAAAAAGAAAUAAUAAAGUGGUCAAAGUUGCCUGGGCAGGUUUGCCGUAUCCCAAACAAGCACCUGUUUUCACUGCAUACAGGAGACCGAGGAUGUUUCUGUAUAAAUUUCUCCCAGAAUGGAAGAAUGUUAGCAGCAGCAUGUGCAGGCCAUGAUGGGUAUCCCGUUAUUUUAUAUGAAAUCCCUUCAGGACAUUACUUGAGAGAACUUUGUGGUCACCUCAAUAUUGUUUAUGAUCUUUGCUGGUCAAAAGAUGAUCAGCAUCUCCUUACUGCAUCCUCUGAUAGUACCGUCAGAAUGUGGAAAAUUGAAAGUCAAAGUAGAUCUGCUGUAAAGGUUUUCCCUCAUCCAUCAUUUGUCUAUACAGCCAAAUUCCACCCAGUUGCAGGAUACUUGGUAGUUACAGGAUGUUAUGAUUCUGUGAUAAGAGUAUGGAAUGGAAAAGUGAAAGAAGUUCAUGGUCAGUUAUUACAAGAAUUUGAUGGCCACAAAAGUUUUAUCAACUCUCUCUGUUUUGACACUGAAGGACUUCAUAUGUACUCAGGAGACAGUUCAGGAUUGAUUAUUGUUUGGAAUACCUUGGUCAGAGAAAAUGAACAACAUCCAGUUCGACUUUGGAACAUAAAUAAGGAAAUUAGAGAAAAUGAUAUUAAAGGGAUUCCAAUAAGCCAUUUAGAAGUUCAUCCAAAUGGAAGACGUUUGUUAAUUCAUGCCAAAGAUAGUACUUUAAGAAUUAUGGAUCUCCGAAUGUUAUCAACAAGGAAGUAUCUAGGUGCUGCAAACUACAGGGAGAAGAUUCAUAGUACUUUAACACCAUGUGGGACUUUUCUCUUUGCUGGAAGUGAGGAUGGCAUAGCCUAUGUUUGGAACCCAGAAACAGGAGACCAAGUUGCAAUGUAUUCUGACCUUUCAUUUACCUCACCUCUUCGAGACGUUGCUUUUCAUCCACAUGAACACAUGGUGGCAUUUUGUGCAUUUGGUCAAAAUGAGCCAGUACUGGUCUAUAUUUAUGAUUACAAAGUUGCACAGCAGCAGGCUGAAAUGGUCAAAGAUUUCAAUGGAUCACUCACAACAAUUGGAACACAUAGAAAUCCACUGAUUUUUAACAAUUCUUCAGCAGUGCAAGAUACAGUGGCAUCUGCCACUGAUCAAUUUGUCAAUGAUGCUACAAUGUCUAUGAGAAUGAAGAAAGUGAAAAAGAAACUUGAAACAGUCACGGACAGCUCAAAUCUCUUGCUUCCUGCUCCAUCAUUGUUCUCACCACAUUCUAAGUUCAGACUGUCAGACACAAUGGGCACUCAUCUGAUCCCUCAGCAUCCUUUCACUACACAGAGUGAUACUGAAGAAGAGAGAGGGAGUAAUCAAAGAUUAUUCCAAGAUUUCAUUUCUGGGUGACUUAGGAGCAUGUUGGCACUACUGACAAAAAUAGACAUCUCAGAAGGAACAUUCAUAAUCCCAGAAUAGGAUUGAAAGAAGCAAAUGGAUUACAGAUUGGAUAUCUCCAGAGAAUCAAAUGGGGAAGUAGAUUAAAAAAAAUAAAAAGAAUAUAUGCCUUCAGAUUCAUGCUUGAGAAUUCCUGCUACUGGGGUUUUCUGAAGAGAAAAGGUUCCAGAUUUCUGUGUUACUCCUGGUCUGUGUCAGACCCUCACCCUCAUCCUGUAUUCCCACUCACAUUGUUUCCCACUCUGAACUAGAUUACUGAGGCUGUGACAGUGGCUUUGUUCAAAAUACAAAUGCUAUUUUAUUCUGUACAUAUUUCUGAUAAUAUUUUUAAUUCCUUACGUUGUGCCUAAUUUUUAGACAUAAAUAUUUUAUAUGUAAGUACUUGUAAACAUUUUUCUCAAUUUGAAGUCCAUCCUAACCUUCCCCUUGGUUUCUUACCAGAAAAUAUUGAAGAAGAACUCAUAAUUUACACAUUAUUUUAUUCAACAAACCUUUAUUAAGUGCCAACUUUAUGCAAAUGUGCUAUGCUAGAGUUAUAAAACCUAUGCUAGGUUAUAAAAAGACAGAUGAGACAACAAUUUUAUUUCAACAGUUCCCUCAAGAACUAACCUGUACAGGAGAGAAUCACAUUGGUUAUUUGACUACUUUUAUGGAGUUCAUCUUCUAAGAUGGACCCUUGACCUGGAAAACAGAACCAACCAGCAGCAAGAUUUAGAAAUAAAAUUGGAGGACCUCAAACUGUGUCCUGCAGUGUGUUUUUCAAUCUCCCUAGUGUAUUCUUUUAUAAUAUUAAAACUCACUAUGACAAUAUCUUUUGCCUUGUUUUUGUUCUGAAUUAAUAAUUUCUUAUGUUUCAUAAAUCUUAAUUUUUCGUAUUAGUCAUAGAUUUCUAGAGAUAAAAAUACUAAUUUAUAUACUUUUGUAUGUAGUAUUUUUAACUGAGUAAAGUUUAUAUUAAGAUUUUAAAAGACUUCAGAUAUAAUCAUUGCUUAAUGAAUCACUAAAUAAAUUCUGAAGCAACAAAUUAAAAAUGAUUGUUAUGAGAUUUUAAAACUUUCCUUACAAAAUAAUUAAUAUGAUAUUUAAUUAGAAGAGAAGGUUAAAGACAAACAUUAUACAACAAAAUACCUGUUGAAUACAUUUAACAACAUGUUUUUAACUUCACACACUGAAAUUAUGGAGUUAGGCAGAGCGAAUUUCAUUGUCUGAGGAAUAAAAAUUAACAGCUUUAAUUUUAUAUUUCAUUAUUUGCUAAUCCCGCAAUUUUAUUCCUGAUAUUUUUAAAACAAGAAUAUUUUUACUGAAGCUAAUAGAGGUAGCAUUUAACCUUCAGGCAAAUAUGCAACUAUGUAGUUUUGGAAAGCAGAUAUUUAUGCUUAUUAAGUCAGAACAUCUGGUUCUUUGUCAUGUAAAUAUUUAUUAAAGAUACUUUGUGUCAUUUUUCCCUCUAUAAAAUUCCUAAUUACCAAAAUGUAAUAUCUUUGUUUUUGUAUUAAAAAAUAUAUAAACAUCAGCAUCAAGCAGUAACCUAAUGAUCUAUU